GAGGUGGGAAAAUUCAUGUUUGUGAAAGAAGCGAAAAGAUGAUUUUUAGAUCCAGUUUGUGAGUUUGUGAGUUUCCGGCUCGUUCGAGUACAAACACACGUUCCUCAGCUCUUCACCCGUCAGUCCCACCCGUCUGUGCACCAUGAAGAUCGCAGUGGAAGGCUGUUGCCACGGGGAACUGGACAAGAUCUACGAGACCAUCGCCUUCCUGGAGAAGAAGGAAGGCGUGAAGGUGGACCUGCUGCUCUGCUGCGGCGACUUCCAGGCCGUGAGGAACGAGGGAGACAUGAAGUGCAUGGCGGUGCCGGCCAAGUACCGGACCAUGCAAACCUUCUACAAAUACUACUCUGGAGAGAAGAAGGCUCCGGUUCUCACCAUCUUCAUCGGAGGGAACCACGAGGCGUCCAACCACAUGCAGGAGCUUUCCUACGGCGGCUGGGUGGCACCGAACAUUUACUAUCUGGGUUACGCCGGUGUGAUUCGCUACAAAGGGAUUCGAAUCGGUGGCUUAUCUGGAAUCUUCAAAUCACACGACUACAGAAAAGGUCAUCAUGAGUUCCCUCCGUACAACCCUGACACUCUACGCAGUGUGUAUCACAUCCGAAACAUCGAGGUGUUCCGAUUAAAACAGAUCCAGAUGCCCAUGGACAUCUUCAUGAGCCACGACUGGCCCCGAGGAAUCUACUACUACGGCAGCGUGGGCGAGCUGCUGCGCAAGAAGAAGUUUCUGCGACAGGAGGUGGAGUCGAACACGCUGGGAAGUCCUGCAGCCGAGGAGCUCAUGUCUCACCUCCAGCCCAACUACUGGUUCUCUGCUCAUCUCCACGUGAAGUUUGCAGCCGUGAUGCAGCAUCCGCCCAAAGGUAAAGCUGCUCCACGUGUAACCAAGUUCCUGUCUCUGGAUAAAUGUUUGCCCCACAGGGAGUUCCUACAGAUCGUGGAUGUUCAGGAGAGACCGGGUUCCUCCGAGGGUCUCGAGUAUGAUCCAGAGUGGCUCGCUAUCUUGAAAUCCACCAACAGCCUUCAGAGGACCACCCGACACAACUGGAACCCCCCUGAGAACAAUGGCCUUCACGAACGGUGGGACUUCAAAGCUUCAGAAGCAGCCAUGAUGAAGGUGAUGGAGGACCUCAGCGGUGACCUCUCCAUUCCAGACAACUUCAGCCGGACGGUGCCGGCCUACGACCCCAGCCGGCCCCAGCACCACGCCCCCCCCAGCUACAGCACCAACCCCCAGACCACGGAGCUCUGUGCCACGCUGGGUCUCACGGACCUGUACGCCCAGGACGGCCUGGUGGGGGAGGUGGGCAAGUUCCAGGGCAGCACCGGGGGGGAGGAGGAGGAUGAAGACGGGAACAGCGUGGGGAGCGCCGACGAGCCGAGCGAGUAUCCAACCGACACCUCGGGGCUGUCCAGCUCCUGUAACCCUGAUGAGAUCACCAUAGAGGACGAAUGGGAGGAAGAGGAGGAGGAGGAAGAGGAGGAGAAGAACGGGUCAAAGGCGGGAGCAAAGGGAGACCAGCUCCCGGACCCCCACACCCCCGCCCGCAUGGUUCUGCCAGAGCCAAAAUCCAAAGGUUCACCCGAUAACCUGUCCGACCUAAUGAAGCUGCCCCCCCCUUCCCACUCGACCCCGGCCGCCGCUCGCUCUCACUCCGGAUCAGAGAGCGAGGGAGCGGGGGGGGGAGGGGACGACUCCGCCGCUCGAAUCUUAAAACGUACGAGUGACGAAGGCGUGAAUCCUGGCAGCAGAGGCUCCACCCCCAUGAUCAAACGCAGGAACCAGGUGAUCUACGCCGCCGUGGAGGACGAGGAGUGUGAGGAUGAGUGAGUCAGGGUGAGGCUCCUCCCACAACACAUCAGUGAGUCAGGGUGAGGCUCCUCCCACAACACAUCAGUGAGUCAGAGUGAGAUGAGGCCGAAGGUGAGGCUCCUCCCACAACACAUCAGUGAUACGAGGCCGAAGGUGAGGCUCCUCCCACAACACACCUGUCCCACAACGAACAAUUCUCCCUUAGUUUGUAUUGAUUUGUAAAACGUGACGUGUAUUUACUGCUUGUUUUUUAUACAGCUUCCAAUAUGAACUAUACAAAGUAGAGUUAUGGAAUUACAAUAAUCAAAAAUUGGGCAACAAGUUUCCUCAGCGACCACAAAACAGCUGCUAAUAAGUGUUUUCUACAGAUUCUUUUUAAAAGAGUAAGCUUCUUUUUGUUUAACCACAAACAGCCGCUAUAUCGCUCAGUAUCAAAUCCUUUACGUAAUGUCGUCAGAUACUUUGAACAAUUUGAAUUUGUCGGUGGCAAACGUUAGAAUUCCCUGGUUUUAUUAAUUUGCAUCAGCUGUUCUGUGGUUGUCAGGCGUCACAUUCUUGCUCAAUCUUUAAGAUUUUUGUCCUUUUCAGUCAUUUACACUCAAAAACAUGAGAAAACUCAUCUCAGGUUAAAAUUUUCAAGGUUUAUCCGUUGAAAUGUAAAUUGUAAAUGACAAAAGUUCGUUUCUGCACUUAGUUUCUACAGAAGGGCAAUUACAGCUAUGGAAAUUCUUUAUUUGUUCAAACGCGAUCGCCUUUUUAUACAUUUUAAUCAGACCAAGAACAUUUUAGAGAACAGAUUUUUGAUUUUCUGUGUUAAAUUCUUUUAUAUUUUGUAACUUUCCAAGUCAACAGCAAUGAUUUAAAGAGGCUGUGAAAUUAAAAUAUUUCUUUUAAAGUGAAUAAAAUGCCAUCGUACAGUCUUUAAAAUCAUUUCACAUAUCUGAAGAAAAGCAUCGUGCCGUUCACAGCUUUAUUGAACACUUUACAUACUGUAGGUGCAGAUGAGAAACCAAGUCCUGUUUUUAACGACUUGUCAUAAUUGCACAGAACACUGAACGUACUUGUGAUCGCUGGAGAAUGAACAGAUGUAUUUAUUGUGUGUGAUGAGCUGAUGAGCACUUAGUGCCUCUGGAGGGGCAAACUAAUUAUAUCUUCUGAAUUAUAUUUGUUUCCUUCAAUUUUGAGACUUUUAAUUAGUUUGCCAUAUUUUUUAAGUUUUAGAAUUUGCAUGACUUUGACAAUAAAGCGGAACAAAACCAUU